CUACGCUGAAAGCUCUCGACUCGAUUAUCUUCAGUCUUGAAUUAAAGCUCAUGGUGUGCGGACGUUAGUAAGUGCGACUAUUUCUGCAAAAAACUCGCUCGUUUCGACGGAUUAAGAACUAAACCGUACUGAAGUGUUCGUGGGUUGGUGCCGUAUUCUUGUACUUACUAAGUGACUUUGAUAUCUAUUUUGACAGUUGAAAGUGAAUUUUUCAGACGUUUCAGUGUUUGCGGAUGCCCCGUACGGGGAUUGUAUUCAUUCCGAGAAGCUGAAACUAAUGGAUCCCAAUAAGAAGAGCUGAGAUCGUGAAACAUGACGCAGGCCGCCAUUAUGUUUUGGCGCGAAAUGUCAAUCGCUGUCAUUUUCGUCCUUUUGGCAAUGGCUUGCGAGUGUACAGCCCGAGACAUUAAUUUAGACGAUACAAACUCCGUGAGUGAAGCCUCAUCGAACGAGAACAUCCGGCUGGCGUGUGGGCCGAAGCCUCGAGGUCCGGUACAGACCAUCAGGUGGUACAAGGACGGGCUACCACUAGACAUUCACGGACGAUUUAUGCAACAGAGGCAGUGGCUAAGAAUUAAGUCAUUCAGAGCAAAAGACGCUGGUUUAUAUUCUUGCAUCAACGAAGCUAACGACUCGAAGCAAUAUAAUGUCACCAUCAAGCUAAAAGCCGAUGUCUACGAUAUAGAAGAAUUUCAAGGCGAUGCAGCGAAAAUUGUAGACCAAAAUCAAGCAGCGGCACUUGUAGAGAACAACACAAUUGAAGAAUCUGCUACGAAUAAAAAAAUUAAAAGAAACGUAACAAAAGCCAGUGAAAAUAAUAACGAUUCUGACGAUGAAAAGAAAGAAGACGAUCAUGCAUUUGCUGGCCACAUAGAUGAUACAAAAAAUAAAUUUGCACCAAAAUUUAAGCACCCAUCUAAACUAUACAACAUGGACAUGAAACCUGCGGGAAGCUCAAUUCAGUUGAAAUGUGCUGCUGAUGGAAAUCCCAUGCCGAACAUAACUUGGUUUAAAAACAACGGCUCUAUAGAAAGGUCUUAUUUCCGACCAAAAUUCGGUAAAUGGUGGAUGUCCCUUGAAGAAUUAUCGAAAACGGACAACGGGAACUACACAUGCCUCAUAUGCAAUGAACUAGGCUGUAUCAGUCACACGGUUAAUCUUCAAGUACAAGAGCGUCUGUUCUCGAAACCAGUCUUGACGCAAGGCCCCACUAACCAAACUGUGCUGAUCGGGGACACAGCUAAGUUUAGUUGUGAUUAUCUGUCCGAUUUCGUUCAUGUGGUUUUUUGGCUGUUCUAUAAAGACAAAAAUGAGUUCAAGAAUACUACCGAUUUCGAUGAUUCAUAUGCUAUUAAGAGUGAUGAUCCCGAAGACAAAGCUGAAAUGCUGACCAUAGCUAACGUCACCCAAGAGGACCAGGGUUGGUAUAUUUGCGUCGCCAAGAAUACUCUGGGACAAGCUACAGCUAAAGGAUAUCUGACUGUUUUGGAAUCGAUGCCAGUUCCCGUGGUACCAGAACAUGCAGGCAAGCACACUCUUCUCGUUAACAUCCUGACAGCUGUGCUCGGCGCUAUGUUCUUUGUGGCUGCCAUAAUAGUCGUAAUGAUAUUUAAGAAGCUCAAACAAGAAAAGAUCAAGAAGCAACUUGCCAUGGAAACUGCGAGGGCAGUCAUAGUGACGCAUUGGACGAAGAAGGUUACAGUAGAAAAACCACAGAUAGAUGGAUCACCGAGUAGCGCUGAAGAAGCUUUGUUGAUGCCUGUAGUGAAAAUCGAGAAACAGAAACUGCAACAAGUGCAAAGUAACACAAGCGAGUCUAUGGUAAUGUCAGAGUACGAGUUGCCGGUAGACAUUGACUGGGAGGUACCCAGGGAAACACUCUCGUUGGGCAAAAUACUUGGAGAAGGUGAAUUCGGAAAGGUGGUAAAGGCAGAAUGUGUUGGUAUUUUGAAACCAGGUGUCCAUUCGGUGGUAGCUGUUAAAAUGUUAAAAGAGGGACAUACUGAUGCAGAAAUGAUGGCUUUAGUGUCCGAGAUGGAGAUGAUGAAGAUGAUAGGAAAGCAUGUAAAUAUUAUCAAUUUGCUGGGCUGUUGCACUCAAGAUGGCCCACUGUACGUAAUUGUAGAGUUUGCGCCCAAUGGCAACUUAAGGGAAUUCUUGAGGAAUCACAGACCCGGGAACAGGUACGAAUCACCAACAGAAGAUCUAAAAGAUAAGAAAACUCUAACUCAGAAGGACUUGGUAUCAUUUUCAUAUCAAGUUGCAAGGGGAAUGGAAUAUUUAGCCUCAAGAAGAUGCAUUCAUCGAGAUUUAGCCGCACGCAACGUUCUCGUAUCUGACGACUGCGUGCUCAAGAUCGCCGAUUUCGGGCUCGCAAAAGACGUCCAAAGCAACGACUAUUACAGAAAAAAGACUGAAGGCAGGUUGCCUGUGCGGUGGAUGGCCCCGGAGUCGCUUUACCACAAGGUGUUCACUACGCAAACUGACGUGUGGUCAUUUGGCGUGCUCUUAUGGGAGAUCAUGACUCUCGGCGGCACGCCGUACCCUACGGUCGCAGGUCAAUACAUGUACCAGCACCUGAGCGCUGGACAUCGCAUGGAAAAGCCACCAUGCUGUAGUCUGGAAAUUUAUAUGUUGAUGCGCGACUGCUGGUCUUUCAAGCCCGACGACCGGCCGUCCUUCGCAGAGCUGGUAGAGUAUUUGGACAAGAUCCUUACAGUCACUGCUAAUCAGGAGUACCUAGACCUUGGCCUGCCGCAGUUAGACACGCCACCAUCCAGUUACGAUGGGUCUUCAGACGAAGAGAGCGAUAGUGAAUUUCCAUUUAUUAACAAUUAAUGUACCUCAUUUCGAGGAGAAAAGGACAUACAUAGAAAAUCAAAUCCAACCUAUGGAAAUGGUUGACAGCUUAAAUGCUUCGCUUAGCACAAAACAUCGUCGAUUUGUGUUUAAGCACUGCCAAAAAUGUGGACUUUGUCUAUUUGAAUUUUGGCAACUAGGUAUGACGUUAACGGGUUCAGAUUUGGGCAAGUUAAGUUUUUGCUGGACAUUUGUCACCUAUAUAUACCUAUUUAUACUAUUUUCUCGGUCAAUGAAACUGUAUGUAUAUGUGUAACUGU